GAUGAAUACUAAAGCUAAAACGAAAGUUGCUUUCAUAAUUUUUGAAAACUGGUUUCAAUGUUAAUAUGUGUGAUGAAUUACGUUUAUUUGAAAAGGAUUCCUGAUUGUUGGUGAACAGAUAUACCUGUUUCGAUACUGUAUCGCCAAGUGGCUUUGAAACAUAGCAAUGGCAUCUUUAGACAUAAAAGCUGACAUCGAUAUAGGAAAGCUGUACCACUCGUUCGAGCACCGCCACGAUAAUGACAGAAUUAUCGCAAUCUGGCACAUUCGAAGAGCUGUCGUCUGCCUUGACCUUGAACUCAACAAAGGAGUCGAAUCAUCUAUAACAGAUGCUGAGUUUGCCACGUUCUACGGAGAGUGUGUUAACGUCUUAUUCAAGCUGCAAGAAUUUAAACGGGCAACACAAUGUUUUUUCAAAGCCAUUCUUUUCGACAAAGGUUGGAACCUCGAAGACCACAGACGAGUUUCGUACAUUCUAUUGUCUAACAUUGUCCAAAGUAAUGAUGGAAGAAUUAUAAAGGAUGUUCUACUAGCGGUAAACAAGCAGGCAAAUGAAGCAUUCAAGAGAAGGAAAUGGAAGAUCUGUCUAGAGGUGAACGACAACCUACUCAGACUCCACGACUACAUGUUGAAACAAAGCCUUUGUGACAAGCCGUUAGAUACCCCUGACCUGUUUGAUGCAUAUGUUAGGCAGGCAAAAUGCUUCUUACAAAGGGGGAUGCUUAACGAGGCGAAAGACGUUUGCAGAUACCUCCACAACAAUGAGCUGUUUCUUGACGAAGAUGACUUCUAUGCUAUUGAAGUUUGGGGCAUGACAUUAUACAGAAAAGGUGAAUACAGCGAAGCUCGCCGAAUUCUAGACUCAGCAUUAAGAAAAGAAAAGAAUCCAGUCCGGAUAAGGACUUUGCGUGCAAUCGAAGAAAAGAUUCUCAGAAAAGUGAACAUUAGCAUUGCGUACAGUGGACAAUCACACAGUGAGGCGGCCAAAGGACUUGAUGAAUUUAAACAGGCUUUUGAACGGCGAAAAAACACUAUUACAAGAAAGAAAAGGCGACAUAAACGACCAAAAGCAAGAAACUUUCAACCACGAGUUUUGAUUGAGCAAACACAUGAUGAGGACAUUGUUAGUGAACCACCGGAAAUUAAGGAAGAACUAGCAUCGUCCGAAGAGUCACUUAGUGAACUUGAUGAUACAAUGAGUAUUGCCUCGAUGGAUAAUUCGGAAAGUGACAUAACAGAACAAUUAGAACAGUACUGGAUUGAGGAGGAAACAAGGUGGAAGGAAGAAAACACAGGCAUAUAUUCACACCACAGUAGUGAAAGUAAAGAGUUUCUCGUGGAGACGGAAGACGAAAAUAUGGAAGAUGACGUGGAUGGUAGUGAGAAUGAACUUAAAAAAGGCACCGAAACAUACUUUGAUUUGAGUCGUUUGUACCACACUAAAACUAUCAGUAAAGAGAGGUCAUUUCAAAAUAUUCAAUUUUUAUCUGAAGGAAUACAUAUCGAUCCCGGACUUCUUCAACAGUUUGACAGGCAUUCAAAAAGAAAGUGCAUAUAUGACCAAGUGUUCGACACACAUAUACUGCAGACGAUGCUAGAAAAUGAUCCAGACAAGUACAUACACUGCGUCAUUAAUUUAACCAGCUCUCACGAGGCAAAAUGUUUUCCAAUCACACGUCAUGCACAUAUUGAUGCAAUAGAAAUUUCAGGAAGAUCUAGAAUUGGACAAACAUUUCAUGAAGAUGAGGUUUUAGUAGAGAUUCUCUUUCAGCAUGUGCAAUUAAAGAAGGUCAGUGGAAAAGUUGUUGGUGUUAUAAAACGCAGUAGAAAUUCAGACAUACAACACCCAGUUUUCCUUUGUUCGCCAGAUGAAAUCGAACAUAACUUUGUCCAUCCCUUGUGUAAAACAAUCUCCAAAAUAUGCGUUAUUGACAAGGAAAUAUGGAAAGAGUACGAAGGUGACCCAGCUGGACGGCACAAAAUCGAGGUUUAUCAUUACAAUGAAGAAGAUGGAUCAUUCGAGGACCCUAUAAUUGAAGAAAUACACCCAUCCGAACGGAAUUCUUGUCUCUUACUGGUUGCGUAUAUUGAUUGGCCUUCAAACUGCACAUAUCCAAAAGGUGUCAUUAUAGAUGUGAUUCGCGGAGUUCAAUCGCUGUCUAAAGGGUUAGACGUUUUAGAAAUGAAAUACACCGUGCCAUCCUUGUUUGAUAAAGAUACAGUUGAUGCUGUGAACGGUAUGGAUAUUGAAGAUGGAAACAUUGAGUAUAUUGAAGAUGACAGAAUUGACAUUCAGGGAUUGAAUGUUUUCACAAUAGACCCACCAGGUGCAAAAGACUUAGAUGAUGCAAUGAGUCUAGAGCGAACAGCAGAAGGAUUUAGAGUUGGCGUACAUAUUGCAGAUGUGUCAAGUGUCGUGAGAAAAGGCUCACACCUAGAUGUUGAGGCCCAACGAAGAGCAACAACUUUUUAUCCGCCGUCACCACGCCGACCAAGGCACAUGUUACCCGAGCCAUUGAGUACAGACAUGUGUAGUCUGUUGGAAAACAAGAAUAGAAGGGCUAUUUCAGUGUUUUUUAGAAUUUCAGAGAAUGGCACCUUGAUAAAAACAGAAAAUUCCAAUGAGAUUGAAAUCAAGCGCACAAUGGUUCGUUCGAGAAAACAGUUCACGUACAAGGAAGUACAAAUCAUUAUCGAAUCGGCGGAUUCAGAUACCAACGACGACAUAGCAAGAGAUGUGAAACUCCUUUCUAAUCUGUCGAAAAUUAUAAGGUUUGAACGUUUAGGAAAUGCUAUGUUUGCGUUGAACGUGCAGCAAUCAUUUGAGGGCUGUUUAGAUGCUCAUUACCUUGUGGAAGAAUUCAUGAUUAUGACAAAUGAAGCCGUUGCAAAAACUCUUCUGAAAGAAUCAGCAAUGUUUCCAAUGAGAUGUCAACAUGCACCAUCAAAAGAGAGAAUAGAAGAGUUUGAAGAUAAACACAAGUUUACUUUAGACGUAGUUCUUAAACUACAAGGCAGACAAAUAGGACAAACCUGUCCGGACUUUACAACUUGUUCUCACUCAGAGGGCGCGGUUAUUGUCACAGAAAAUACAUGGAAUUCAAUAUCUAAGAGAAACAAUGUAGAUUUAAUAUGUUGUGAUGAAAUGCAUCCAUUACAAAGUGUUAUACGUCAAGACUGGAUUUCACUUCAAGACAGAGCUGAAUAUGUCUGCUCCUCAUUUGUGAGUGAAAAGGCUAAUGGGGAACAUUACGACUUAAAUAUAUUUCCUUAUACUCACUUUACUUCACCCUUACGGCGGUAUGCAGAUUUACUAGUACAUCGAGUAUUAACUGCGACGUUGUUCUCAAACCAACAGGAAAUGUAUCAGGAAGAAGAAAUUGAAACGAUAUGUAUUCAUAUCAAUAGUAGAAUGAAAAAGGAGAAAGAAUAUGAAACAGAAUGCAAAGCCCUGUUAUUAGCAUGUGAACUCAAGCGUGAACCGAAAAUGUUUAAUUGCACUAUAUCAGGUGUAUCUGAUACAGAUAUCUCACUUUUGGUACCAAAAUUGACAAACGGAAGAGGCCGAACGUUCGAAAUGAAGUUCCGCCAAAUGGAUAUGAUGCGUAAACCACAACAAUGCACAAUUACCCCACUCGGUGGCACGUUUGACGGAGUUGAGUUAGCAUGGCAAAAACGCAUUUAUAACAUGAAUAUGGCAGGCCCGGCCGUCGUUAGCAAAGACACGAUAGAGCUUUAUCCAUACAGAGACAUAUAUUUCAUUCCUAUGAGGAAAUGGGUAAAUAUUUUGAAUUCCAAAAUUGAUGAGCGCCAAAACGAUUUAAGACAACAGCUGUCUGAAUUACGAUUCAACGGAAAUAGAUCGCAAUGUAUGGAUGUGACGACUGAGCAUAAGGAUCCAUUGAAAAUGCUGCCAAAUACAAAGUUUUCAAAAGUGUUCUUCAAAGGGCAAAACGUUCAAGUUCAGUUUACAGCAGAAGCAUACAAAGGUGUAUUAUCACCGACGCCAAUGUUGUAUGAAAUGACAAGAAAUGUCAAACUGUGUCUAAAUCAUACAAAAGAUCCAGUUCUCUUCCUCAGUCAAUACGUCACUACACCUCCUGUAGACGGUUAUGACAGGAUAAUCGAUUACAUUCGAACGUGGCUUCCAAUUUUGCGCAUGGAAUCGGCAACUGGUGCAGUGCGAAACGAGGACUCGUGUUACGUAAAAGACGUGCCAGUAAAUUUUGAGACUCACAGAAAAGGUGUUCUGUCUCUUUGCAACCGGAAGUGUAAAGACAGGCAUAUUGUAUUCUCGGGAGAAAGGAAAGAGUCAGAUGAGCCGUCAAGCCGGGAGCUUCCACCGUCCUAUGACUGGCUCUGUUUGAGGAAGGUCGAAUCACAAGCAUCAAAUUAUAGUAAAAGUUUCAUUGCAGAAACUUUGAAUAAUAGCCGUGUAUGGGUGGAACACGCCGAAGUUAUUGCUGUAAUGACAGACCAAAACAAGGAACUAUGCAAUAUGUGCUCUAGACAAAACAUACACACAGCGACCGAAGAAGUCUGUGGAGAAAUACAUGUGUGCUUCCAGUUGAAUUCGGGGUCAGCAAGAUCGUGGGACACGUGGGAUACAAUAGACGUGGAGUUGCUGAAGAAAUCAGAAGUAGACAGACGAACAGAAAGUUAUAUGAAACUUAUGUCACGUGAGAUGCCAGACAGUUUAUCAGCUUUAAUUGCGCUAAAUAAACCGAUGCCGGAUAUUGAUGAAGAACAUAUUCGGAGUGCAAACGAGAUGGAGAUAAGAGAUUUGACGUACGAAUAUUCCCGCGGUUCGACGCAAGAAUUUCGCCCACUACCACCAAAUAACGAGAAACAACAGGAAGCAAUAGAUAAGGCUCUCAAAUCUGCUUUUUCUCUUAUUCAAGGUCCACCAGGCACUGGCAAAACAUACACAGGCAUUAAGCUGUUGUAUCUUUUUGACAAAAUAAAUGAGAUGGUAAAAGACGAAAGAAAUCCUCGAAGACAAAUUCUCUUUUGUGGACCGUCGAAUAAGGCGAUAGAUGUUGUUGCAAACUGGUUGCUUCAGAGAGUGCCAGAAGAGUUUCGACCUAGUUUUGUGCGUGUUUACAGUCAAGCUAUCGAAACGCGAGACUUUCCAAUUCCUCGACGUUCACAAAUAACACGCGGUACAAGAAACCAAAAUGCACCUUCGGCUCUGCGGCGGGUAGCACUUCAUCAUAUUAUCAGAGAAGACGGCAAACCGUUUGCAGAUGAAAUAAAAGAAACUGAGAAACGAUUUCAAAACAAAAAGUACACUCCAUCAAACAAAGAGGUUGAUGAAUAUCUUCAAUUGAUAUUGAAAGCUUCUAUUGUCGAGAUUAGACAAUACAGUAUCAUUUUAUGUACCACUGUCGUUGCAUCUAACUACAAAAUAUUGAAGGAAACUGCUGUUUACCAGGUCAUAAUAGACGAGGCUGGAAUGUGUCCAGAGCCACAAUGUCUAAUACCAAUUAUUGCAACGAACGCCAAGCAGGUGGUUUUGAUUGGAGACCAUAAACAAUUAAGACCUAUAAUCACAUGCAAAGAAGCAGGAGAACUUGGGUUGUCUAAAUCUCUGUUUGAACGGUAUGCUGUGACGAAUCGUAGCGAAGGAGUUGAAUUCACCAUGUUGGACACACAGUACAGAAUGAACCCGGCAAUUUGUGAUUUUCCGUCUCAAGAAUUUUAUGACGGGGAACUAAAUACCGAAGCCGGGGCCUGGUCACAUAAGACGUUUGAUGCCAUAUGGCCACGAGAUGAAUACGACCAGGUUCUCCCCCAUGUUUUAAUUCAUGUUGAAGGAGAGGAGAAGGUUUUGACUGUUUCUACUGAGGAAGGCAAUGAGCAAUCUCGCAGUAACGAGGCAGAGAUCUACGAGGUCAUGAAAGUGUUCAAGUACUUAACUGACCAACAGCUUGGAAGUGUCAAGGUUCUGUCUCAGUAUAAUGCACAAUGCUCCGAGUUACGUCGGCUAAUGAAGGAAAACUACAUCAAUUUCAAUGACGAAAACAUUUGUACUGUCGUGUCCAGUCAAGGUGGAGAAUGGGACUAUGUGAUAUUCAGCACUGUUCGUUCCCUGAAAGACUACGCUAUUGAGACGAGCCCAACUCGUGGAUGGUGCAUGAAACAUUUGGGCUUCAUUACUGACAGAAACCAAAUCAAUGUGGCCCUUACACGGGCUCGGAAAGGGCUCAUUAUUGUCGGUAACAAGAAAUUGCUUCGAUGUGACAAAACCUGGUCAUCUUUGCUGAGAGAUUAUGAGAAAAACGGAUGCGUGAAACAACCAGGCGAGUUUCCACCGCGUGGGCAAACACGAUCCCGACAGGAAAUCAUGCAACGCAACAUUCGGCAGAGUGAGCGGCGGUUCGGUAACAGACCAUAUGAAGCGCCACCAGCAGCUACAUUUUAUACAGGAAGUUUCGAUUAGAAAUGCCGGAUGUCACACAUAUUGAAGCUACGAGUACUAUCCUUCGGGGAUGCCCGAUUGGGUUUGCUGUAGAUGAAACCAAAGAAGUCACACAUAUUUGCAUGCAUUCAGAAUCAGUUUUAAACUCAUUUUGCACUACCGUCUGUUUUAUAACAUCAUAAACCCAAGCAUAAACUCAAAUCAUUGAAUAAUUGUCUGGUAUUAUAUUUGCAUAUUCUUAGUUGAUUUUGUAUUAUGAAUUUAAAAACAUUCAACAUGUUUUUGUACGGGAAAAAAACUUACAUUGGAUAAUGUAAUAUUCAUUUAUUCUUAUCAUAUUCUUUUGUUAUUGUAUAUAUCAAAUCCAUUUUUCAUUUUUUAAAUUUUGAUAAUGAUUCUUCAUUGCUCAUUCGUAUCUACCAUACAGAGACAAGGAUAUGUUUAAUUUACGCAAUGUCACAUAAUUGUUUUGAAGUGCCUUUUAAAAGUCAGAUUGUGUUUAUUUGCUAACUUUAUGUAUUAAGUGUGAAAUGAUCAUCCAGCCCAACAGCAUGACGCUUCGGUAGAAAAAGGCAUGAUGAAGAUGCAGGGAGUGAAUAGUCUCUAGCUAUAUCAAUGUUAUGAAUGGAAAACAGCUAUCGAUCUAUCUAGAGUGACACACGUUAUAUAUGAAAUCAUCGAAAAAGAUAUCGAUAAGAUGCUUUAUUUAGAAAACAAAAAUAUAUGUGUACUCUGUAAGGCACUUUCUAGCACACCGGAUAGGCAUUUCCGUUGACGUCAGCCGUGCUGGAAAAUUCCAUCUGGCAUCCCCCGAUGUCAGAUGAGUCACGCGCUGUGACGUAAUACUUUUUAUUUCUUUUAUUAUAUAUUAAAAGUAACCAUAAUUAUGAGAUUUCAAUAUGUUAGUACCAUAAACAUCAACUUUAUAAAAAUAUCUUCAUAACUAAACAAAAUAAUCCUUAAAAGACUUGAUAUCGAAGGAACUUAUUGACGUAUGCAGUGAAUGCAAAUUACUGCGCGUCAUGACGUCAGUAAACAUCAUCGCACGCGCUUAUUGGUGAAAUGUACAAAAAUGAGCUUUGUUAUGCAUUUUCUUCACCAAAAAUAGAAUUUAAGGUAUGCUAGAAAAAAAUAUCUAUCAUGUGUGUCCGUUCCGGAUAGAAAAAUCCGACCCUCGGGCACGCUGCGUAGCCGGUAACUCGGCAAGCCUCGUUACCUGGCAACGCAGGUGCCCUCGGGUCGGGUUUUUCUAUCCGGAACGGGAACACAUGAUAGAUAUUAUUAAUAUUGAAGUUACACGUGAAGAAACAAUAUCACUUUGACUGCUGUUAUGCCAGUGCUAUAGAGGAAUAGUUUCAUUUACGUUUAUGUUAUAUUGUAACAAAAACAGAGAUUUACGUUUGACAUGCUAUUAGAAAUAUAAUUUGGCCACACUUUAAAUGUUGGUGUUCUGAACUUAUAUUCGAGCAGCCGUUUGUACAAAAAGCGGAUAUUUUUGCAUAUUUAAAGGAUCUAAUUGGUUAAUACUACGUUUUGAUAACUGUUGACCAAACCAAAAAAUAACCAGUUUUAUCGAAUUGGCUGCAAAUUUACAUGUUAUUUGCAGAAUUUAUGUAAUGAGUGAUAUAAACUCUGUAGAAAUUAUGUCAUGUAACUCAUCCUACUGUUAUAAAUAUUUUUUUUAUAUUGUUUUAUUUUCAAGUGUAUUUGUGUUAUUUAAAAUUAUCGACAUGAAUGACAAUAAACAUACCAUUAAAUUAA